UGAAUACCAGAUUCAUCAUGUCUCUGCUGGUUCUCCCCAAUGAAGCUCUCCUUAUAAUUUCAGAAAAUCUACAUUGUUACAGAGACAUCCGAGCAUUACGCCUUUCAAACCGCCGCUUCUACUCUCUACUCACACAAUGCCUGACUCAAUCCAGCACUGCAAAAUGCCACGAGACUCUUCUCCGCUGUGCAGCAACAGCAGGGGAUAUAACACUCGCCACAGAACUCUUGGAUAAUCUCGCCACAAAAUUUCCUAGUCAAAAGAAGACAAAACGCAGCAUCCAGGACAUCGACUCGGCCAUUCAUUCCCAUCCGUUGUUCAGAAAAGGAUACCCACCAGAGACAAUUCUCGAUAUCCAAUCUGCCCUUCUUACAGCCGUUAAAGCAAGAUUCAAACACUUUGUAGCUCUCCUUCUCGAUCGGGGCGCACGCGCAGACUUUCAAUUCCCCUACAAAAUCGAACGAGGCCGCCAAAUAGCAUCACCCACCCCGCUCUAUCUAGCCGUUCGGUCCGCCGAUAAUGGGAUCUUCGAUGUGUUAGUUGAGAACGGGGCCCAGUUUUGCCAUAGUGACUGCCCGCUUGUUUUAGCAGUGCGGGAUCGCCAAUUCCACAUGAUCAAGGUCCUCGUGGGAAAAGGGCGCUGUAUGCAUCGCUCGAGUCUCUUCGAGGAAGUGCUUCAUUUAAAUGAUCGUGCGACGUUUGACCAUCUAAUAGAUGUUGGGCUUCGGGUUGACCUGUUCGGUGAUGGCGCGUUAUUCUUUUUCAUCGCGAAGGGCGAUGAAACGAUGGUGCGGUAUCUACUUGUGAAAGGGGCAAAUCCUCAUCUAGCUGGAUAUGUAUCGGCUGACAGAUGGACUUUCUACUCUGAUUUUCAUUGCGUGUCUUCGGAUUACCAUAGCACUGUUUACGUUGCCAUUCUGGGUGGCCAUACGCGUAUAUGCAAGAUGUUGGUUGAAGAAUAUAGAGUCAUUCCUGAUCGAGAGGAUUUGAAUUUAGCACAGAAGACGGGAAAUCGGCAAAUUAUUGACCUGCUUUCUGGUCUGCCUUAUGAUGAUGUUCCAAGGAAGCCGCCGAUCUAUGAAAAAGUCAUUGCUAUUGCUAAUAAAGAUGCUUGGAGUUAGUCAAUUUAAUGAAGCAGUUGAUAUGUUCUAGACUUGGUUUACACAGUAUGAAAAUAC